GCCGGGAGCGCGGCCCCGCAGUGCCCGCCGCCCCGGGUGCGUGCUUGCAGCGCGGGGAGGAGCGGCCCCGCCUCCGUGAGCCCCCGCCGUACCGAGCCGAGAGCGGCACCGCCAGGAAGCUCAAUUAGAGGUGAGAUGAGGGCAUGAAGAGCUGCUUGCAUGGCACAGAUGUGGCAGUGGCUCAUCUGGACGUCACCUGGCCACCCCCUUGUGAAUGGAAGAGUUUGACAGGAGCUGCUGAGGACAGCGAAGGAUCCUGGAGAUGAAGGUGUUUCUUGAACUCUCAUGCAGCUGUUGUGUUUUGGGAUAUCCUGCCUUAAAUCCUGGACAAAAAUCUGCCCACAGCCAAAAAUGACUUGAGUGGAAGAGCCACUGCUUUGUCCAACAGGACCAGCUUCCUGCCCUGUGCUCACUGUGUUCCAUGUGGAUGCGACGUACACUAUGGUUCACAUCAACGUGCUGAAAAAAUUGAUGUGUGUUCUUGUGGUGAUACUGAUAGCUCUGACGGUUUGCCUGUGGAAAGAGACAAGAGGAAGCUACUAUGUUCCUUUCAAGAACGAUGAUACACAGGUUCACAGGACUUUGGAGAAAUGGAACCUGUUUAAAUCACAGGGCCUCUUCCAUGCAGCUGCUGCUGAUGUGGGUCAGAUGCUUAAAGCUUUGCCCAACAACCAAAACAAAGUAAAGGGCAUCACCUCUGGAAUAGUGGAGAAGUCCAGGAAAGCAGCAGACCAUGUGAAGGUAUGGGAUAAGGACAGCUCAUCCAGAAACCUCAUACCCAGGCUGCAGAAGGUCAGGAAGAACUACCUGUCCAUGAACAAGUACAACGUGACUUACAAUGGGAAGAUGAAUGCUGCUAAACUCAGCCCAGAGAAGCUGCUGUGCCAGCUGCGGGACAGGGUGAACGUGACCAUGAUACGGGGAUCAGACGGCCCAUUUAAUUCCUCGGAAUGGCAGCACUACCUGCCAGAGAAAAGCCUCAACGAAACAGUGGGCCCCCUGGGUCGCUGUGCUGUUGUGUCCUCAGCAGGCUCUCUGAAAUCAUCUCACUUGGGACCAGAAAUAGACAGCCAUGAUGCCGUCUUGCGGUUUAACGGGGCUCCUGUCAAGGGAUUUCAAGAAGACGUGGGGCAAAAAACAACAAUUCGUCUUGUUAACUCCCAGCUGGUCACUGUCGAGGUGCAGCACUUCCUGAAGGAUGCACUGUAUAACACUGGAAUCUUGAUUGUCUGGGAUCCAGCACCGUAUCAUGCAGAAAUACAUGAGUGGUACCGAAAACCAGACUACAAGUUUUUUGAAGCCUACAAGUUAUAUCGUGUCAGACAUCCGGAGCAGCCCUUCUAUAUCCUGAAUCCAAAGAUGCAGUGGCAACUCUGGGAUAUUCUGCAGGAGAAUUCCCUGGAGCAUAUUCAGCCCAACCCACCGUCUUCAGGAAUGCUGGGCAUUGUGAUCAUGAUGACGCUCUGCAAUGAGGUGGAUGUGUAUGAAUUCCUCCCUUCUAAGCGGCUGACGGACAUUUGCCACUACUACCAGAAGUUUCACGACCGUGCCUGCACCAUGGGAGCUUACCACCCCCUCUUGUUUGAGAAAAACUUGGUGAAGCAUUUAAACCAAGGCACCGAUGAGGACAUCUAUACUCAUGGGAAGGUUACUUUGCCCGGCUUCCGAAACAUACACUGCUAACAAAUCAGUUUUCCUUGUAUUUAGACUCUUGCCUUGACUGUCGAAGCACUUUGAAAAUCAGGGUUGUCAUAUUUGUGAUGUCUAAGCACUGGUGUGUUUUGACAGCUCUUCCACGUCGCAACACUUAGGACUCCUUGGCAUGGCUUCUCCAAACUGGAAGGCAGUGCAAUACGUUGUGGUACAUCCACGCAGUGUCUGCGUGAGCCUCUGCAAUAAAUGCCCUCCUCGUGGGGCUGGGCUCAUGCAGCUGGUGGGAUAUCUGUCUUCAGCUCAACUGAUGAUGCUAUAUGGGAAUCACGGGAGAUGCUUUCUAAGCAGAGACUGCACGAGUCUGAAUCACGUGCUGAUAAAGUUCAGCUUGCUUCAAAGAGGUUCUGACAGCUGAAAGCCUGAUCUACUAAGAAAGAAGAAACAUUCUUUAAUGUUUGUUCCUAUCACCGUGGAGCUCUUUGGAGCAGUGAUUUAAGGAGUCGCUGUUAGAGCUGGGUACCGAUAAGCUCAGCUCCUAGUCCAAAGUAUUUGAUUUUACCAUUAAAAUAAGCAAGGCAACUUCCUAUCAAAAUAGAAGGCUUUUAAAUCAUCCGGGUGGCGUUUUUGACAUAUGAGAAGGGAGGCAAUUCACAAAUCAGAAACUUCUGCAAAAUAUUUUUAGACGUUUUAGUGGAGUGGGUUUUUUUUUUUUUGUUUUUAAUAUUUUUAAGCAAGUUUUAUUGACCAUUUACUUCUCCAGUACAGUGUCGUGUUUGGUACAGAAAUGUUUUGGUGGUGGUGUUGAAAGGCGCAGGUGGGAGGACUCACUGGAAGCUGGUACUUCUUUCCAACUCUCUGCUAAUCUACCUCUGUAAUUGUUGGCAAAUUGUUUUCUGUCUUGUCUCCAGUCACAAAAAAAGCCACGUAGCAGCUGGAUGGAUGAGAUGCAGCUCUCUAUAAGCUAAGCAGGGCCAUCUUGUUGCUGCUUUGUGCUUUCUGAACGUGUGGCCAACAGAUGCGUUGCCUCCAUCCUUCAUCAGCAGUGAGGAAGGAGAUGUGCUCUGCUCCCUAUGCUGGAACUCAGGCAGAUGGGAGCAGGGCACCUUUUCCCUCAUGUAGCCUCAUGGUGGAAGCAGCAGCUCUGCAAUCUCUGCGCAUCAAUGACAACACCUUCUGAGUCCUUUUCCAUACUACUGUAUUCCGUGGUUACCUGUAAAGAAAACCUUUUCUUCUCUUGUUUUGAAUAAAUCCUGUGAAGUCAUUGGCCCAUUCUUA